CUCUGUGGAAACAACCUCCGGUAACCUUCCUCCACACACGGACAGGAGGAUUUCUCCGGCACAUAUCGCUGCCGCCACAUUCCUCUGCUGUGCACUACUUUCGGGUAGUUUGCAUAUCUUUUCUGUUAGCGACAAGCGGUUACGGUGGGCAGCUGGACGGAUCCGUACGCUGUGUUUAGGUGCUCUCUGCAGGCCCCUCUCUGGAUGCAUCAGACUCCUCUCCCCCGGGGCCCUGGACCCGGUGUGUGACCCCCCUGCCCUCACCCCUCCGUUCCCCAUCCCUUCCCUCCUCCUCCACUACCUCCCCUUCUCUUCCACCUGUCUGUCUUGGGGCUCCUGCUCUGGGCCCCCUGCCUCUCGACCAGCAGGCGGAGGCAGGGGGCCAUGGCGCCAUGGUAACCUUCGGCAGACAGAACCGCCUCCUCGCCAUGAGCGGCGUGACCCCCCCGGAGGGCAGGGUUCAGGGGUCCAACUUUACCCCCCAUCACUAUAAACCCUUCAGCUCACAUGCACAUUACCAGCAGGUGAUGUGUGCACUGCGUAAACUCCAGGAGAGUGGGUUUUACUGGGGGGCUGUGGGUGGGAGAGAGGCCAGCUCCCUGCUGCGCUCAGAACCUCCCGGCACUUUCCUGAUCCGAGACUCCUCCGAUCAUCACCACUUUUUCGCCCUUUCUGUCCAGACCACACGUGGGAUAAAGAACCUGCGAAUUCACAGUGAGGACGGCGGCUUCUUCUUACAGCCCGACCCCCAAAGCACCCAUGAACCCCCGCAAUUUGACUGUGUGCUAAAGCUAAUAGCACACUACAUGGGGAAGGGGCCAGAUCAUAGAGCAGGAGAGAGAGAAGUGAAAGGGCAGCAUGUGUACCUGAUUCAUACUGGUGGGGAGAAGAUUCCCUUGGAGUUGCGCCGUCCCCUUUCCUCUUCUCUUUCCUCGCUGCAGCAUCUGUGCAGGAGGACCUUGAACAACAGAGGCCUCGCGGGGUCAGAGCCGCCAGAGCAGCUCCCUCAUACACUUAGAGACUUCUUGGAGGAGUAUGAUGCUCCUAUAUGACUGACAGGAGCAGAGCUUCUAUGCUAUGAACCAGGUGCCUGGAGGACAGCACACGUCAGAUCUCAGAGCCGAUAGAGCCUGGCCUCUUAUCCUCACUUCAUGUUAUGCUUUUUCCACCAACGCACAUUUGAAGCAAAUUCUGAGCUGAUAUGAGGGCUGGUUCAGAGUUGCAACCGUAGAGAUAAUGUUAUUACAUUCAUUUAUUUUAUUGUAGAAGGGUUUGCAAGAAGGUGAGGACCCCAAACUCUCAAACUGUAUGGAAAUAUGACAUCUGUUUUAACCCAGAAAGACCCAAACAUCCACUGUUUACCAAUAGCAUCUACUAUCUAAAAUGUUUAAUACCUGAUGAUCCACUGAACCUAUCAAUAAUUGGUGUAAAAUAC